AUGAGCCAGGCUCUUGGGCAAUUUGAUCGAGACGGUGAUUCGGGACUCCUGGCCGUUUCCCGUGGUGUAGUGCGCCACAUAUUGGCGCUGUGCGAAAGCCAAUCUGAUGUGAUCUCUCGAUCCAGACUGACUACCCUGAUUCGAGAAGUCUCGAAAAAAGAGACUUCACGCAAAUUCCGCUUUGCUGAGGUGUUUUGGAGCAUGGACAAACUGUUACAGGACACUUUUGGGUACGAAUUGGUAGGUUUGCAAGCGAAGAAUGCACCUCUAAACGCUACCAAAGAUAAAGCCCAAACUUUCAUUCUGGUAACGACAAUUCGAAAUUUACCUGCUGAUUUCAAGUCUCUUCUGGUUCAAGAGGGCCGCGGCAUGUAUGGCCCGCGUGUUGUGGGAGAUCAAUAUGUCGGUGACGACCCUAUGGUGCUGUCAGAGACGUUGGUCCGGGAAUCAGUUUCUACGGACUCGGACUUGGUUUCACAGGGACUCACAUUGCUGAUUCUGACAAUCGUUCUAGUGUCCAGAAAUAAUCUGUUGUUGCAGGAGCUUGUUGAGAGUCUUGAAGCGUUUGGAAUCCCCAGCAACGGGCGCCAAAUUCCAGCCCUCAAUGUCACACUCGAGGAGUUUCUAAAACGUCUGAUUAAACGAGAGUAUCUUUACCGCAAGGAAGAAAAUGCUCCAGAUGGCGUUUCCGAAGUUGUUUCAUUCAGAAUAGGCCGCAAGGCUCAGGUCGAGUUUCCUCAAUCUGCACUCAUCGAAGCGUGUCGAGAAAUCAUGCAUCUUCCGGACGAACAAAUCGAACGAUUGACCUUAUCCAUCGAUCUCAGCGUGGGAGACGCAUACGAUGAGACACCGUAA